UCUCUGUUACUUGCUCUGCAGACCCGGGUCGCAUUCUGGCUCCCUCCAAGCUGCAAGAUGUCCUUCAGAGCUGCCUGGAGCUUGACCCUGAGGAAAGGGGGCCUUGGAAUGCGAGGGAUCCACAGCCCAGGAAGCACCGCCCACGGCAAGGAGAAGAUGCCCCCCUACACUAACUACCAUGCCCAGCGCUCCUACCCCAUGCCGGAGGAGCCCUUCUGCAUGGAACUCAACGCUGAGCAGCAGGCCCUCAAGGAGAAGGAGAAGGGCAGCUGGACCCAGCUGAGCCACGCCGAGAAGGUGGCCUUGUACCGGCUCCAGUUCCAUGAGACUUUUGCAGAGAUGAACCGUCGCUCCAAUGAGUGGAAGACAGUGAUGGGCUGUGUCUUCUUCUUCUUUGGAUUCACAGGUCUGCUGAUUUGGUGGCAGCGGGUCUACGUGUUCCCUAAGAAGCCCAUCACCCUGACGGAUGAGUGGAAGGCCCAGCAGCUCCAGCGCAUCCUGGACAUGAAGGGCAACCCCGUGCAAGGCCUGGCCUCCCGGUGGGACUAUGAGAGGAAGGAGUGGAAGAAGUGACAUGGAAUCCCGGUGGCUCCCCCUGCAGCUUCACCCUCGUCCAGAGGCCUCUCCCCUCCUUUAACCCCAAUAAAGCUGGUGGCUCUCAUCCGCCUUUAGUCCCCCCAACAGUCUCUACCUGCCAAAAAGCCUAAAUAUACUUAAGAUUAGGCAGGACAAUAAGGGGCAAUAAGG